CCGUAUUUUACAUUGCAAGCCAGCUAUAUAGUACAAACAACUAAACUACCAUUGCUUGUAUUGGCCUUAUUGGCCUACGCCGGUGCGGCUCUGUUUCCCCCUGGGCAACCUUCCGUUGGCCAUCUCAGCCAAGCCAAGCGAACCCGAAACGCAGGAGCGCAUCACCCCAGCGGGCGCUUGUACUUUAUCUUCGCGGCCAUGGCUUCGCCGCUGGGGCCUGCCCGGUCACCUAGGCCAGCGCAGGGGCAGUUGCUGCCUCUAAGGGUCGCAGCGCUAGCGAUCAUCUGCGUUAGCUGCUUAAUCGCCGCAAAUGGCGCGGCUGCGGCUCGGCCCACAGCGGCAUCCAUGCCGGAUGUUAGCGCAUUGCGCGCCGCAGCAGCUGCAUCCCGACGCAUUGCCGGAAGUAGGGAUGGUGGUAGUGACAACACUGCCAGAGAAGAUGAUAAGGCCCAAAUUGCAGCUCGUGUGGCAGCCCUGCGUGCCAGGUACACUUGCCCGCCGAGUACAGCAGCGAUGCGGUGGAGGACCUGGUUCCGCAGCUGCCGGGCUGGGGGGCGGUCAACGACUUCAAUCUGUUCGCGGGCUACAUCACGGUGGAUGAGGACGCGGGCCGGGCGCUGUUCUACCUGCUAGCUGAGGCGCCGGAGGAGGUGCAGCGGCGGAGGAAGGCGCAGCAGGGGCAGGACUCGGAUGGCGGGGAGGUUCCGCUGGUUUUGUGGCUGAACGGUGGUCCCGGCUGUUCCUCCCUGGGUGGUGGCUUCAUGAGCGAGCUGGGGCCCUUCUACCCGCUGCCGGGGGGAGAGACGCUGCAGGUCAACCCGCAUGCGUGGAACAACUUCGCGCACGUGUUGUUCCUGGAGAGUCCUGCGUUCGUGGGAUUCAGCUACUCCAACACCACCGAGGACGCGAUCGUGGGCGACGGCCGUACCGCGGUGGACAGCCGGACCUUCCUGCUGCGCUUCCUGGAGCGCUUCCCGCGCUUCCGCAACACGCCCUUCUACAUCGCAGGCGAGAGCUAUGCGGGGCACUACGUUCCUAAUUUGGCACUUGUGGUCGUGGAGGGGAACAAGGCGGCUGCUGCCACAGGAGAUGCCAAGAUCAACAUCCAGGGUUUCAUGGUGGGCAAUCCCUGGACUGAUGCUACCAUCGACAACCUAGGUGCGGUGGACUACUGGUGGAGUCACGCGCUCAUCAGCGACCAGACGGCUCUGGGCAUCCGAACCAACUGCAACUUCUCACGCAUUGGUCCGCUGGACCCCCAUCCCGCCCAUUCGGAUGCGGAGACGCGUGACGAGCUGUGCGACGACUUCUGCAACAAGGCAUUCGAGGAGCUGGGAGAUAUCAACAUCUACGAGAUCUACGCAGACAUGUGCUCCGAGCCACCCACCCUCCGAAAACAAAUAGCAGCCUUCGGUUGGGCCUUACGGGGCAGCAGCGGCGGUGCGGGCACUGCUGGUGCUGCGGCCUCUGCAGUGGGUGUAAGGGCGGCUACCGAGGCAACGUCAGGCCGACGCAGGCAGCAGCUGCAGAUCACGCACAAGCAGCAACCGCUAACGGACACGAGCGCAUCAUCAACGACCCGUGGGUCAUCAGUUUCAAAGGACUUUGCCAAGGGCGGCAUGACGGCGAAGAUUACUGCAGCAGUGUCGUACAAGCGAUCUCGGAUGUCGUACAGCGGAGAUGGCGCGGAUGCGGGUUACGACCCGUGUGUGGACAAUGAGGUGGAGACCUACCUGAACCUUCCGGAGGUCCAGCGCGCCCUGCACGCCAACCAGACCGUCAAGCUGCCCUGGCGCUGGACCGACUGCACCCGCUCCAUCGUCUACUCGCGGGACGACCUGCUGGCCUCCAUGCUACCCGUGUACCAGCGGCUGCUGCAGACCGACCUGCGCAUGCUGGUGUACAGCGGCGACGUGGACGGCAUCGUUCCCGUGGUGGGCACCCGUCGCUGGGUGGCGUCGCUGAGGCUCAAGGAACGUACGGCAUGGCAGCCUUGGAUUCCCUCCGACGGCCAGGUGGGUGGCUAUGUGGUGGAGUACGACGGACUCACCUUUGCCACGGUACGGGGCGCGGGUCACAUGGUGCCGUACGUGCAGCCGGCCCGGGGGGCCCACCUGGCUCAGGCCUUCCUGGAGGGUCGGUCGCUGUGAGGAGGGGGCGGAGGAGGAUGAGGAGGUAGGGUAGGAUAGGAUAGGCAACGUGCACUGUUGCUGUCCACUAUAGGAGGAGGAGGAGGUGGGGUUGGUAGUGGGGUUGCUAGGGGUGGGUGGGUAGUGUCGGGGGGUAAUUAGUGGGGGAGCUUACUAUGAGAGCAACGGUGGGGGACGUACGUGCGAACAAAGCUGAUAGGCGGCUUGUUAGUUGCCACCCACAGCAGCGGCAGCAGCAGCGGGCGCGGAGCGGAGCGGUUACGGUAUCCCCUACUAUCGGGCGUUUCACUUAUGUUUCCUAACGCGCGUUGCACCACACAUGCGCACACAGGCAUCGCCGGGUUUGCGAUAGUUGUAUACCACGCACGCAAUGCAAUGGAAAAGGGGAGUUUGUUGGUUAGGGGUAUAAUGUUGCUUCUUAACAGGAGCACAUGCUUGGGACUUACUCAGUUUGUUCCUCUUAAGCGGAGUGCGGGGGUCAGGAGACGUACGCACGGCCUAAACACAUGCGUACCGGUAUGCGUGGAGGUUCAGGUUGCAUGAAGUGAGGCUUUGCAUGGCUCAUAGUACUGUUACCGCAGCGGCUCCUCCGCUCAUGUACUUCUAGGGGUCCCAAGAGGUGGCUUCCAGGGUUUCCUCCGUUCAUGUGAAUACGGCAGUAAGGAAGGGGGAGAGCGCGAGUAGGCCCAGGGUCGUGCGUUGCGUGAACUAGUAUUACGGUAUAGGCCUGACGAGCUUGUGAGGUUGUGAAACUCUUGGGCGUACGCUGUGCUGUUGCUUUAAUUGCUUUAUGAUUGCGGAAAAACGUGUUGCUUGCGGCCGUUUGCUUGCCGUAUUUUAGCGUGCUUACUUGCCUAGCAAACGACCUAUCUGCUCUUACGAAUGCAUCUGCGAGAUCCCAAGAUGUCUGAGGAUUCCCGUUGUUGUUAUGCACGGAGCAUGUAGAAGCUUAAUUUCUGGUCCCGUAGCGGUGUCCUGCUUAGCACGGACUGCGGCGGAUAGCUACGGUGGGGUAAAGGUGUUUAGAUUGCUUCAGAAACAUCCACACGAGAUCGGCAGAGCAUCAGAGGUUGCUGUUGCUGAUUGGCUUUAUCAUGGUGAGCAUGAAACAUUGCAGUACAUGUGCUUUCUUACGAGAUGCCUUGUGUCUACAAGGCCUGUAUUCUGGUUCUGCAGUUUGAGAUGUACAAUGCUUUGGUCGGCUGCCGUACUUUGCUGUCGAACACUGUACGGCAAAGCGCCCUGCCCAUAAGGCAUCGCCAUGUAACGACUGUUGGUCCGAGUAUGUGUGUGUGCCAGCAAUAAAGAGGAC